UGGGAACUCUAUUCACUCCAUUGAGGAUAGACCAGGCAGCACACCGCACCGCACCGCAUAGGAAAGCAGGACGGUACCCGACUGAGCUAUCGGCAUAGACACUGAGAGUUCAGCCUUACCCGAGCACUCAUCAUGGCCGAUGUGGACGAGAGUCCGUUUUCCCUCAUGAGUCUGGAGGACGAGCUGACCUGCAGCAUUUGUCUGAGCCCCUUUGACUGUCCGGUGACUCUCCCCUGCGGACACAACUUCUGUCAGGACUGCCUUCUCGCCAGCUGGAAGGAUACCUACAGCUGUCCUCAGUGUCGGACCCUCUUCGCCACCAAGCCGGAGCUGAAGAAAAACACGGUCCUCAGCACUGUUGUGGAGACCUUUACCUUGAGGUCCAACAAAAAGGAGGGCGAGCAGGUCACAGAAGAGACCCACGAAAAAGAAGAAGAGAAGAAAGAUGACGUCAUACGGUGUGACACCUGUAUGGAGGCAGAAGCGUCCCAGACCUGCCUCACCUGCAUGGCCUCUUUCUGUGAGGAGCACCUUCGUCCUCAUCGGGAGAACCCCGUUUUUCGACUUCACCAUCUGAGCAAGCCUGUCGGGGACCUGUUAGAGCGCAUCUGUCCGGACCACAACAAGCUGAUGGAGCUCUUCUGCAGCAAACACGGACGUCCCAUCUGCAGCUUGUGUCUCCAGCAGGUCCACAAAGGCUGCCCAUUCAUUUCCCCUGAGGAGCAGAGGAACCAGAAAGAGUCUGACCUGAGAAACAAGUCGUUGACGCUUGCCGGGAAGAUUACAAAGAAUGAGACUAUUCUGUCUCAAAUGACAGACAUUCAGAACAGGCUAAAGAAUUCAGCAAUCAACAGGAAAGAAGCUUUAGUGUCCGAGUAUCAGCAGAUGCGGGAUAUGUUGGCAAGAGAGGAGCGUGACUCUCUGACUGCAGUGGAUCGAGAGAUGGAGACCGGGCAGCUGAAACUUGAUGUUCUGAGGAAGAAGUUCACUGAGAAUGUCAACAAUCUGACCAAAGCUAAAGAAGAUAUCCACAAUCUGCUGACUCAGUCCCACACUCUGGACUUCCUAAAGGCUUCAUUUGACCUGCCCCAGUCCGCAAGCUUUGAACCUUACUCCCCUCAAAUCACACUGGACUCCAAGAAGGUGACAGCAACUCAGGCCUUUGCCUCAGCCCUGAAGCAGCAUCUGACAGAAAUCUUCAAGCAGCCUGUAGAGACCAGACUUCUCACACUAAACCCAGAAGUAAAAACUAGCGAUGUUGAAUCUGAUAAGAAAGAACCUCCUGCUUCAGGACCUUCAGAAUCGGCAGAUUCGCAAAAGCAGAAGAGGAAGCCCAGGUCCCACAGUCCAGGUCGCCCACCUGUGCAGCCAAAUUUCCAGCCAGCGCCUGGUUUUCAAUAUGGAAACUUUUACCAACCUCGGUUUCCCCACGGUGAAAUGCGACACCCUGGCCCAAGAAUUCCACUUAUGAGACCUGGGCCUUUCCUGGAUCCUGAGUGGCAGACGUUCAUGGAGCAGCACAGACUCCCCAGACCCAACAGUGCUGGAUCUCAACCAAAAGAAGGCCAGAAGAAGAAAGCUCAAAAAAAUACUAAAAAAGGUUCCCAGUCUGAAGACAAAAAGGGAAACAAAAACAAAAACCGUUCAAUGGAAAACCUGUUGGAUUUAGAUGAGGAAAACAAGACACCUGCAGCUGAGUCCACACAGAUACCAGAAACUACAGAUGUUCCCCCGAACAUAACAUCUGCUGAAAAGAGAAGUGAACUUCUUAAAUAUGGCACUGUGCUCACUUUGGAUCGAAAGACGGCCCACAAACGCAUCGAACUGAAAGAGGGCUUCACUGUGGCUACUGUGUCAGAUGAACAUGCAGACUACCCUGACUGCCCUGAGCGCUUUGCUGUCUGUUCCCAGGUGCUGGCCUCUAAAGGUUUCUCUAGAGGGCGUCACUACUGGGAAGUCAAAAUGAGCAGCAACAACUUCAUUGGCAUAGGGUUGGCUUACAAGAGCAUUGACCGCAAAGGUCCCACCAGUCGCCUGGGCCGCAACGCCCAGUCCUGGUGUGUCGAGUGGUUUAACGUCAAACUGUCUGCAUGGCAUAACAGCAGUGAGACUGUGCUGGAAAAUCCCAACUCAAAGCGUGUAGGUGUGCUGUUGGAUUGUGAGAAUGGGGUUGCUACGUUCUACAAUGUUGCAGACCGGGCUUAUCCCUUCCACUCCUUUGUGUUCCCCUUUGCUGAAGCGGUUUAUCCAGCCUUCUGGAUUUUCUCAAGUGGCUCGUCCAUUUCUUUGUGCAAGCUUCAGCCAUGAGGAGCAUGUGCAUGUAAACGGCAUAUGAAAGCCAACACAUGCUCAGCCAGCACUUUUUAUUUCAGUAAUAAUGGGAAGAUUAUUUACUGGUUGCAUUUAGAAGGCCAGUCCUACAUGUCUAAAAGAGAAAAUCAACCCUUAAGCUAGGGUGGGCGAUUUAUUUCUCAAACAGAGCGGAAUCAUAAUAGAAAAUUAUUUUAUUUACCUUUUGCAGGCUUUAUUAGAGUGUUUAGUGUUUAGUCAUUUAUGUAAUAGAAAAUGAUGGCUAACCUGCCUUUUUAGGUUUCUACCCAAAUUAAGUCUUUCCUCGCAGUUUUUAUUUAACAGCUAAUGCUUGCUUGUUAGUGCAUGACAAUGGCAGAAAAGGGUAGUUCAAUAUGGUUUGGGAUUAUUAUAAGGGUUCACUCUUCUCUCCUACGUUCUUUGUAGACUCUCCCUGCAUAAUAGGUGCAGUGCACAAGUUGUGUGCUUUCUCAAUUGAGCUUACUCUUGCUGGUUUCUGUUGAUUUGCCUAUCCCAGCUGAUGAAUGCAAAGGUUGAUGAUAAGAAGGUAAAUUUUAAUGUUAAGAGGCUGACCAGUUAUACAACUGGGGAUGUUGUCUUCUUUUAGGUCAAAAGGCCUUUGUUGUCUGCACGGUGACAAACAAAUGGUAUUUUAUGCUGUUAGGAUGUACUGUGAAGAAGCUUUCUGUACAUCUGCUUUCAAUCAAAAAGUAUAAAAGUAUAGAUCGUGGUGAUUAUUCUUUACCACUUGUGAAUACAACUGAAAUAGAAAAAAACGUUAACAGCAUGAUACAGCUAAUGUCUCAAGCUGCAACUAAUUAUGCUAGAAGCUAUAUACAGCAUCUAAGUAUCGUUAAAGUUACAGCAAAAGUGAAGACUACUGAAACAAAGAAAGAGCAAUCUUGUAUUUAACGUCCGCAACCAAGCUGACUGUCGCACACUAAUGCAGUCCACACUCCUUCAUGACUCCUCAAAACAAGACUAAUGGUUGUUUUUUAGUUAGCAUUCUUUUAAAAGACAAUGCUGUGAUCAGUAGUAUAAAUGAUGACGCUUGCUUCUUUUAAAAGUAACCAAUGAUACAUUUUAAAGUGAGGCAUACUGUCGGCAACAUUAAGAUGUAAUGCACAGAGCACACUGUAUACUUACUGUACAGCAUGUGUGUGAUAGUGUCCCUCAUGUUCAGAUGAAUCUAGCAAAAUACGUAUGCUCUGCCAUCAUGCAUAGCCACCAUUACUGCAGGAGAAAUUUGGUGUGUACUGCUGCCUGCUGAAUGUUGCAGCAGCAUGGACAGUUGGGAUAAGGACAUUAGAAGGUAACUUAAUUAGGUGAUCUUAACAUAAUUUGAAUUCUACAUAUGAAACAUUGGUUAGAACAGUGAUUAGAUAAUCCAACUGUGGAGGUUAGAACAGCUGCAUUAUCUCAUCACAGACUUGUUUUGUUGGCAAAUACUUUUUUAAAAACAGUCAAUAGAAAAGGAUUUCCUAUUUUUGGCCAGUGCAACUGUUCUAAUAAUUACAUGCAGCUCUGACCUGAAUAGCUAGCUAGUAGAGGAACGUUAUUUACAAGCUCAUGCCUUGAGUUGUGUGGUGAUGAACAACCUAAUGUCAUCUACAGGUCACAGCCAAAGGUGCCAAUAAUUGAAAUACUUUUGAUCCACUUCUGAAGGAUAUCUCAGUCGCAGCCAAUGAUUCUGUCUAAGGUGUUAGCUCUCAUACAGGGGGACACUUAAUGGACUAAAGGGUCUUGUUUUGUGCACUUAGUUUAUUCCAAAAGUUUCAAAUUUAUCAUGACUGUUGGAGCAUGUGAGAACUCCACAGGUUCUUCUUGAUGUCCUUUAGUUUGUUGUCAAAAGUAAAGUAACGUGAAAAGUACGAUAAAAGUUAAAAACUGAUCACUUCUUAGGACAGCUUGCUUUUAAACGAGCAGUUGUUGGAGGGAGACACCACUGCAGUGAUGGCAGAUUGUGAACUUCGCCAAUUUGUCUGAUUUGUCUAUAUUAACACUGCAGGUUCUUUAUUAUACACAGCACACUCAUAACUUGGACAAUGGUUGUGAAUGUGACUGGAUAAAGAAGAUAGUGUUUGCAGGAAGUUACAGUAUGUGACACGUUACUGCCUGUGUUCAAAGGUAGCUCUAUGGCAAGGGUUUAUUUGUUUUCAUAUCAGUUGAUUCAAUAUGUGUUAUAUGAAUAACUGCUCUUGACCUUACAGAGUGUCCUUAGCUAAAAAUGUAGUGUGUUUGAUUCAGAAUGUGAAAAUAAAUGAACUGCUUUAAAAUCCUGCAUGUACAGCAGUACCAGAACUGCCCUAACAAAGUUAUGUACUUUGCAUACCAUAUACAUACAGUCGGGUUGCACUACCAGUUGCAAAUGCAACUGGAUGAAAUAGGACAACCUGUAAUUUUGGGCAUAUUGCUUUUGACAUACAUGGAUCAGGAUACAAGUCGUUUCUGGGAUAAUUGAUGCCAUGGGGAAAUCUGUAUUGCAACCAUAAGCAGUGUGUUUAACUUAUUCACCCAACCCAGCUUAAUGGGUUGUCUCUGAGAAGUUUAACUAGAAAGAUAUCUGUCUUAGUGGCAUGGUUGGUUCUUCAGUGAACAUAAGCAGUGUACCCUAUGGGUGAUUUAUUGAAGCAUCUCAUUUUCAUCAAGACAAGUUAAUAUAUUGUUUUUGUCACUCAGUACACUGGCACUGCCUCAAGACUUUGAUGAGAGGAAAAGUCAUGUAGACUCUGUUCUCUUCAAGUAAUGAUCCCUUUCUCUCUUUCUGCAUUGCGUUACAUGGCAUCUGGGUCUGGAAAUAAUGAGGCUAUUAGGAACAAUGCAACAAUGAUCCUUGGCCAGGUUGAAACCAGGAUGUUAUGCAAGCAUGGUUUGCCCCAUAGAAAAACAAUGUUUGUUCAUUUUUAUAUCUAUGGUAGGCAUAUCAAAACAACAAGCCAUCAGGAUGCUCUGUUGGCUCUCCAUAAGCUGCAAGGGAAUAGUAAGGUGUGUAGUUUCACAGUACUUGUUCUCUAUAUCUUGAGAUAUAUUUGCUAAAAUGCACUAAUGACUCUAAAAACAGCGGUUUGUUUCUUGAUGUUGUGGCAAACGAGUAUGCUGUAUGUUGGUCUGUGCUAACUGAUGACAUUGAUUCAGGUGUACUACACACAUGCUUACCUCUCAGGUGCAACAAGGUGUCAAAUGUUUUGGUGUGAAAGUAGAGGUAUGUCAGUACAUGCAUGGUAAGUUUAGCAGGUUAAACUUGAUUCUCUUUGCUGUGUUUGGCAAGGGUAGUGGUGUCACCUCCCAGCAUUUAAGGGCAUCUGUGGUCAAUGUUGUCACAGUAUUUCUUGCUAAAACCAAUUUCUUGACAUCCACCACGCUUUUAUCAACACUAUAAGCACAAAACCCAAUUUUCAAACUACAUUCACCAAUCCUCUGACUUUCCUGCAAAACCAAACAAUGUUGUCAGAUCAUACCCAAGUCAAUCAAAAUUAAAAACAAUACUGAGCAGUCAUUACACACUACAUCAAUAAAUUGAAAACACAGUUCUCAGUACAUGAAGCUGUAGAAAUAAUGUUUAUUGUUCACAGUAAUCUAAAUUAAUUUUGAAAAAAAAAAAAUCCUUUGAAUGUAGCACCUGUAUACAGUAAAAAUACAGUAAAAACAAAUAUAAAUGAGAAGCACAUUACAGUGUAAUCCACAAAAAACUGAAAUGUACUUACAGGAUGUACAAUCAUUCAGCCACAGCAUCAUGUCUAUGUGCUGAGUCAGGCCACAGGACUUCAUCCACAUUACAGGCCACAUUCUCUCUGGAUAGGCAACGGGGAAAAAAAACUGGCGUGCCAGAUCCAGGCUUAUAUUGGUUUCCUCACAUCAUUAGCCACAAAUGUGAUCAAUUGUGAGUGGUUGUGUUUAAGCUGUGACACCUGUGCUUAACAUUAUGCAACACAAGUGUAUCACAUUGCAACGUGUUUUAGUGAGUGAGAAUGUGUUUUCAGUUGUGUCUAAACAGGUGAAAAGUGCUUAUGGCUUUGCCAAUAGAGGGACUGAUUCAGUACAUGGGUUUAGGCCGCUAAGGAAUUUGGUUCAGACAAUAGGGUUUAGUGUUUUAGCAACUGAGAAAUACUGUAAGAUGGACUCAAAUGACAAGCUUGUGAUAUGAAAUCUGCUAUUGUGCUUAAAAUUUGUGAGGCUCUUCAGGUGUGGACCUUUAUUUCUAUGUUAACGAGCUAAUAUUUAAAGAUAUAGAAAUGUACUUCAUUGAAUAAACAUGAAUUUUGCUGCUCUCACUGUGCUGGCACUGGCCGACUCUUACUAUUGAAUUGAUUUUGGACUUAUGGACAUGUAGAAAAACAUUUAUUUCAUGUAUUUUUGACUUACUGCUUCCAAAGAAAUGUGUUUUUUUGUCUUACAUGUUGAUUUUUAUUCAACAUAUUUACACGAUUGUCUUAAAAUUUGCUGGCUUAUUGCUUUGUAUGUUACUUCAAUUCCAACUUACUUAAAAGUUCUAAAGUUAUUGCAAAUAAAAGAUCUCUCUCUGCUA